AUGGGCGACAGCAGCACCAGGACUCGACCUACCGUCAUCCUCAUGUGCACGACCCGAAUCCCUCAAUCCACACACACACACACACACACACACACACCUAUCCCGAUCCAGAUUCCAGUUCCGAACACGAUCCUCUCGCUCUCGCUCGCACUUGGCUUAUCCACACACUUCCAUUUCACGGCCGCUACGACCUGUACGGCCGAACCCGUACCUCUAGGCUCGACACGUACCACCCCGCUGAAUGUGAAAAGAGAGGAUGGGUCGGACGGAAAGAGUGGCGUUGCUAUAUACAGCGGAGAGCUUUGGUGUGUGAGUGUUUGGGGGUUGAGGAAAUGGAUGGAUGGGUGA